AUGAUUCAACCUCAAACCCAUUUGAAUGUAGCAGAUAACAGCGGGGCUCGAGAAUUGAUGUGUAUUCGAAUCAUAGGAGCUAGCAAUCGUCGAUAUGCUCAUAUUGGUGACGUUAUUGUUGCUGUGAUCAAAGACGCAGUUCCAAACAUGCCUCUAGAAAGAUCAGAAGUUGUCAGAGCUGUAAUUGUCCGUACUUGUAAAGAACUUAAACGUGACAACGGUAUGAUAAUACGAUAUGAUGACAAUGCUGCAGUUGUGAUUGAUCAAGAAGGAAAUCCAAAAGGAACUCGAGUUUUUGGUGCGAUUGCACGAGAAUUGAGACAGUUCAAUUUUACUAAAAUAGUUUCAUUAGCUCCCGAGGUAUUAUAA